AUGCAAGCCAUAGAGAGUCUCUCCCCUCAAGAGAUCAUUAACUUCAUGCGGGGCACUGAUGUAGACCUGUUCAUUGGGGAGGAGGACUAUACGACUUAUCUCCAGACGUACCUCAUGCCUCCGUUGACAGGUGUUCGUGAUUUCACAGGGAGGGAAACUGAUGUCCCUUCGUCGAGCAGGGCCCGAGCCGCAGAUACCCCAUCGACGAGCAGGGCCCGAGCACCGAGAGACAGGGCUAGAGGGAUACCCCAUGCCAGGCAGAGUUUUGGAUGGCCAGAUCUUCCGACUGAGCUGACAGCCCUCCAUAGGGUACGUCGAGGGAUUACUCGAGAUGUUGGCCUCAUUCGAGGGGAUGAUCAUGAAGCAGGAGUCGAUCAUCAGCUCCCACGGUAUUCAGACAGGAACAUCAGUGCCCCCUCCAGCAGCAGGGAGAGAGAGAGAGAGAUUCUAGUACGCGGACGGGGGAGGCAUCGGGAGCCCAUCGUGCGUGAUGACGAUGAUGAGACUAGCGAUGCCGAGACCGAGGAGGCCGGGGAUCAGCACACCGAGUCAUCCGAGAGCCGAGAUGAUGAUGCCGGCUCAGGUUCCACUAGUGGAGACGAGGCUGAGCCCGAUUCAGAUGCAGAGGAUGACGACUCUGAUUCUAGUUCCGCAUCAGAUUCAGACAGUGGCACAGAUGGAGAUAGCUCUGCAGAGUCCGCUCCGCCGAGGAAGAGGACGAAGAGGGCCUCUAGAGCUUGA